AUGAUCGAUCCUCUGCCGCAGCCUCCAGCUCUCAUACGUUCCCUAACACAGCCGAUUGCGGAUGCGCUGUCCCUCAAAACCCUGCCCCUCCACGGCCACGAAGUCCUCCUAUCAUUCAUUGCCUACUACCUGAUGGAGAACUUCUUAGCCCCUAGAUUCUCCGCCGAAUUCUUCGCGACGACCUACUCGUCCCUACCACCACGGACCAAGAUCAAUUGGAACAUCCGCGUCGUCUCAACAAUCCAAGCAAUCUUCAUUUGCGGCCUGGCAUUCUGGACAGUCUUGGCAGACAAAGAGCGGGAAAACAUGAACUUGGAGGAGCGAAUAUGGGGAUACACAGGCGCGCUCGGGAUGACGCAAGCGUUCGCGGCAGGAUACUUCAUAUGGGAUGUCAAGAUCAGCGCUACGAAUGUGGGGAUUCUAGGAUGGGGAUCGCUGGCGCAUGCGGUCAGCGCGCUGCUGAUUACUAGCUUGGGGUUUCGUCCGUUUGCCAACUACUACGGUGUGGCGUUCGUACUCUACGCUAUGUCGACACCAUUCUUGAACCUCCAUUGGUACCUCGAUAAGUGCAACAUGACCGGUGGAAAUGCUCAGCUAGUGAAUGGCGUUGCGCUCUUGGCCUCUUUCUUCGGGUCCCGGCUUGUUUGGGGGACUUAUCAGUCGGUGAUGGUGUACCAGGACAUUCUAGCGAUUCUCCAACAAAACGUUGGCGAGGGACCGGGGUCGAGUACACGGACCGGAGACUCAGGAGUGAUGCGCUUUUCCGAUGGAAAGGUGCUACCGCUCUGGCUGGCCUACACUUACUUGGGCAGUAACACUCUCUUGACCGUGCUCAAUUUCUACUGGUUUGGGAGAAUGGUAGAAACAGUUACGAAGAGGUUUCGCUCACCACACAAUAAGAAAGCGAAGCUUGCGAGUGAAUAG